AUGGGUUGGCUCAUUUUCUUCCCACCGCUACUCUUCCUGCUCCUCCUCUACAAGCGGAGCUUCCUCAACCGCCGGCUUCCGCCGGGGCCACCAGGGUGGCCAAUUGUCGGAAACCUGUUCGAUCUCGGCACCAUGCCACAUCGAACUUCAGCAGGACUGAGAAAAAAAUACGGCGAUAUUUUAUGGCUCAAAAUUGGCGCCGUAAACAGCGUGGUAAUCCUCUCCACCAAAGCAGCAACCGAGUUCUUCAAGAUCCACGACCACGCUUUCCUCGACCGCGCCGUCACGGAGGUCAUGCGCGCGCAGGACUUCCAUCUCAGCUCCUUGUCUCUGGCACCCUACGGCCCGUACUGGCGAGUGUUGAGGCGCCUGGUCACGGUCGAGAUGCUGGUGAACAAACGAAUCAAGGAGACAGUCUCUGUUCGUCAGAAAUCCGUUGACCAAAUGCUAGUCUGGAUCGAAGAAGAAGCUGAGAAGAAACACGGGGUUGGAAUCCACGUGGCGAGGUUCGUGUUCUUGAUGACAUUCAAUCUGCUUGGAAAUCUUAUGAUCUCGCGGGACUUGAUCGAACCGGCUUCGAGAGAUGGGUCAGAGUUUUUUAAGGCAAUGAUGGGAUUUAUAGAAUGGACAAGUAAACCCAACUUAGCUGAUUCCUUUCCAUGGUUACAGUGGUUGGAUCCUCAAGGGUUGAAGAAGAACAUGGAGAAGGACGUAGGCAAUGCUAUAGAUAUAGCUUCGAAGUUUGUGAAAGAGAGGAUUAAAGAGAAGAAAGUUGGAGAUCGUGAAGGACAGCGGAAGGAUUUCUUAGACUUGUUGCUUGAAUUUGAAGGAACCGGAAAGGACGAACCAGCAAGAUUUUCUGAGCGGGACAUUAACAUUUUUAUAAUGGAAAUAUUUGUGGCGGGAUCAGAAACAACAAGCAGCACAAUUGAAUGGGCAUUGACAGAGCUCCUACUCAACCCUGAAUCCAUGGCAAAGGCGAAAGCAGAGAUCACUCAGGUACUCGGAUCAAAGACGAAGGUAGAAGAAAACGACAUAGCUAAUCUUCCAUACCUGCAAUUUAUUAUAAAAGAAACUCUCCGGCUGCACCCUCCAAUUCCAUUUUUAGUUCCAAGAAAAGCAAGACAAGAUACUGAAUUCACGGGGUAUCGCAUACCUAAGAAUACUCAAGCUCUGGUGAAUGUCUGGGCAAUCGGAAGAGACCCAGAAGUAUGGGAUGAUCCUUUGAGUUUCAAACCAGAGAGGUUUAGUGAGUCAACGAUAGAUUUCAAGGGUCAACACUACGAACUAAUUCCAUUUGGAGCUGGAAAAAGAAUGUGUGCAGGUCUGGCACUGGCUCAACGAAUUCUGCACCUGGUGUUGGCCUCGUUGCUUCGUCGGUUUGAUUGGGAACUUGAUCAGAGUCUCGACAGGGAGAGGUUAGACAUGAAGGAGAAGAUAGGGGUGACCAUGAGAAAGAGCGAACCAUUACUGGCAGUACCAGUUAAGCGUGUCACGUGA